GGACUGGCGCGAGAGGCAGAGCAUGGCGACCUCCUCGGUGUCGAAGGGUUGCUUUGUUUUCAAACCAAAAGAUUCCAGAAAGAGAAAAAUAUCUGUUACAGCAGACUACUUUCAGAAAGGCAAAGCUGUUUCAGAGAAUGACAAGUUGCGAUUUAGUACCUAUCAGUCACUAUGGCAACAGAUGAAAGAGGAAACAGAGAAGCUGCAAGAACACUUAAAUAUCAAGAUAUUUGAUAGCUUAAUUACAUUUAUUAAAAAAUCCCACACUCGUGCUCAGACUGAAGUAAAUGAUUGGCGCUAUCGGAUGCGGUGUUCUGAGAUACCCACGGCAGCACUUGUUCUUGGUGUGAACGUACCUGACCAUGAAUUGACAUUCCAGGGAUUAUCAGACCUUCUAAAGCAGUCAGUUACCCCUCAUGUAGUUUGUCUUCAGGGCAAGGAAUGUACAACUGUGAAGCAGCUUCUGCAGAAGAUUCUGGUGACCCUCAUGGGUGGCGACAGCAAUGAUGAGGAAGAGGAUGAGCACCAUUCUGUUGAGUUCCACCAGAGAAAAAUGAUCUGCUCCAUGGCCUCCUUGUGUAGGUGGUACAAUACCUUAACAAAGAAAUCUACUUCAAAAAGCCCAAGUAAAAAGAGGAAAUCCUUGCUUCAGCACGAAGAGGCCCCUCCCAUAGUUAUCAUCUUAAAGGAUCUUGAAAGCUUUCUCCCUAAGGUGCUACAAGACUUCAUAAUCAUUGCCAGUAACUACAUCCAGCAUCUUCCACUGGUGCUGGUUUUUGGACUUGCCACGUCCCCAAUCACUAUACACCGAAUGCUGUCCCAAUCGGUUUCCUCACUGCUAUGCAUUGAGCUGUUCCAGUCUCUAUCCUGCACUGAUCAUUUGGCUACAGUUAUUGAUAAGCUUGUGUUGACAGCCAAGUUCCCAUUUAAGUUGAGUGGCAAAGUGCUUCAAGUUCUGAAUAACAUAUUCUUGUACCAUGAUUUUUCUGCAAAGAAUUUUGUUAAAGGAGUUCAGCUAUCUCUGUUGGAGCACUUCUACUCUGAACCGCUUAGUCUUCUAUGCUGUGCAUUGAAUGAAGCCAAUGCCAGGGUCCAGAAACUUACCCAUGAUGACUGUGAACUAAUCCGCCAGUUGCCAUCUUUUAUGGGUUACGUUGAUUGUCAAGAUUCAGAAAAGCAGAUUGACCUUUUGACUAAUGACCAAUAUUUAAAGACUGUUGUAGAAACACUGUUGACAAGCCUUCACAAAUACCACAAGAAUUACUUCACGGUUCUGAAAUGCUUGCACAUUUUUACAUCAUCACUUCCAAGGUAUCCUUUGGGUAAACAGAUCAGAGAACUCUACAUCACCUGCUUAGAGUCAAACGUAUGGGAAAAUGAGGAGUACACUGCUGCAUUCCAACUGUUCAGAAUGAUGGCCAAAGAUGAGCUUGUACAUCUGCUUCAAAAAUGCUUAGAAGUGUUGCAGUCUUCUGAGCACAAAUCCCUCACUCAUUCCAUACAAACACUGGAAGAUUUCCUUGCAAAGUUUCAGAAACUGGACGAAGUUCCUGUGGAAGAUAUUGAAGAAGGUAAAGAACCCAAAGAAAGAUCACAGAAAUCGCUACAGAAAAAGACUGAUCUUUAUCAGCUUCAAAAGACCUUACUGGAAAUGAAGGAAUUAAGAAGAUCCAAGAAACCAAGCAAGUUUGAAGUUUUGCGAAUGGAUGUUCUUGAAUUUAUGGACAAACUUGUAAGGCAAUACCUCUUGCUACCAGAGACUCAGGUGCUCCAUGAAGUUGUCUAUUUCAAAGCUGCUAGCAUGCUUCGAAGACACUUGAAUGCAGCUCCACGUGCUGCCUUGCAGAUAGCUUUAAGUAAUCCGUAUUACUACUUAAAGAAUGAAGCCUUGAAGAGUGAUGGAGGAACCAUUACUAAUGUAGCACCAGAUAUCUGUAUAAUCUACAAGCUUCACCUGGAGUGUGGACGAUUGAUCAACCUCUAUGACUGGCUGCAGGCAUUUGCUACAGUGGUUUGUGCUGCAGAAGGGAAGGAUCCAGACAAAAUAAAUAACGGACAGGUGGAUGAUAUUCUACAUGCUCGUUUUAUUCGGGCAAUUUCUGAGCUGGAAUUCUUGGGCUUUAUUAAGCCAACAAAACAGAAGACUGAUCAUGUAGCAAGGCUAACAUGGGGUGGUUUCUGACUGUAGCUUUAAGUACUGAAAAGAUUUCCUAUUAUUUAAAAUAUACCUAUGCUAGACCUGGAGAAUAUGCUAUGUUUGUACAAAUUAAUAAAGUGAUUAUUUCAAAUAUC